UACAACAGAUUGCUCUUUGCUCUACUUGUGUUGUAUACACUAUUGACAGCGACAUGGGGGAAACCUCUUGCCGUGUGUCCCGACGGCUGUGCUAUUGUGAACCAGGUUCUCAAAUGUCUUCGGUUGGAAGACACAGAGUUGUCGGCCCUUGCGACAUGCAUUAAACAUCAGCGUGGACCACUGAUCAUUGAUGUCAGUAAACACCAGUUAAAGUGCACCUGCGGAUUUCUGGACUUUGCCAAAAGAAUUACAACUAAUUCAAGAUUUUUGUUAAUUCACAAUACCAUCUGCAGUCCUAAGACUAUUGAAAAGUGUGGGGUCAUUGUUGAUGCUGCGUCUAGGUUUGGGUCGGCCUUGGUGUCCAAGUUAGAUACUGUUGUAUCUUCGAACAAUUAUCCAGCUCAACGGACUAGACUUUACACGUCGUUGGAAAAAGAAAUCUUUUUCCUCAUCUGUUUCCAUGCAGCUGUGAUGGUUCUCUUUGUCAUUCUUUUUGUGUGCAAGAACAGGCGCAGUAAGAAUGUUCCAGAAAAUAGUGUUGAUGUACCAGGCAGUCCUGCCAAACGAAUUAAUGCUUUAGAAAGAAACUUCAGUGCCUGGAUGGUGCGUGAACACCGCGGAACACAGCAGUCCAACAAGAUUGAGAAGUAUUCACAUGGACCAGGUGAUGGAAUCCUCGAAAUAACUGGUUCUAAUUCACUGUAUGAGAACAUCGGGCAGAAGGAGAGGUAUUCUCAUAGACCUAGUGAUGGAACCUUUGAAAGAACUGACUCUAAAUCACAGUAUGAGAACAUCGGGCAGCGGGAGAGGUAUUCACAUGGAUUUGGAGAUGGAUUCCCUAACGUAACUGAACAUGGUACUCAAUCACCUUAUGAUAUGCAAGGAUUGAACAAUGAUAUGCAGGGUAUCACGCUAAAUGUUCUACAUCCUCCUCGCCAGGAGAAGAAGCUGAGAGGAAAGACGCCUGGCUACAGAAGACAAACAAAGAAAGACAAGCAUUUCCAGGAAUGUGAUGUUGCCAGCGUGCAUGAUGAUGUUGUCAGUGAAGUGGUGGAUGAGGAGGUGGAAAGGCUGCUGCAAGAGAUUGAUGUACAACUGCUAAAUAAGAAACCAGACAGCUGUCUACUGGAUCUUCACGAUGAAGAAUUAUCCAAACGUCUGCAGGAGCCUGAUGCCAUACCGCCAGUAUCACAGUAUGAAAAAGAAAACAUGAAAAGAUAUGUUUAUCUUCAAGAACUUCCCACUGAACCGGAAAAGACGUCCCUACUCGAUCUCCGCAAUGAGGAAUUAUCUAAGUAUCUACAGGAGCAUGAUAUCAAACUGAUAGUGUCUGAUUCAGAAUUUAAAAAUGUCAAAACAUAUAUAAAUCGUGACGAAUUUGCUGCUUCUGCACUUCAAGACAAGAAUUCAGAAAAGCAGUGUUUCAGACCUAAACCUGCACUGCAGAGCAACAAGGAAGAGGAACCUCUUUACGACUCUGAUGCUGAACGGCAGUAUUUCGUUUUAGAACCAGACAGCGAACUGGUAAGAACGAACUCGGUACCCUGUCUGGAUGGACAGGAUGACAGAUUGAGAGACAGGAAGACCAAGCAGUCCAGGUUAACACCAAGUAUCAGGCAGCAGAAUAAGAGCGGAAAACAUCCAAAGACAUCUCUCCAAGAGUAUACAUCUGCACCGAAAGGUAGGAGAGGGAUAAAAUACAUGUUCCUGAAUAACGAUGAUGCUGACGAGUGUGAUUCGAGGACAGAUGUGUACGGGCGGGAAUCUGUGAAAGACUGCCUGGAUAGGAAGCACUUGCAAGAACCUCACACGAGAACGGCCCAGUAUGCAUACCGCAAUAAUAGGAAUACUAACAUGCAUGAUUCGAGAUCAUAUGUGUUCCCACAGGAAUCUGAAGGUCGGCAGUACUUGCAGGAACAUAACAAGAAAGCGGUACAGUUCACAUUCCUUGAGCAUCCUCAUUUUGAGGUACAGAGUGAUAGAUACGAUAAGACGCGUGACAGACACGUGCCAAAAUCCUAUACCAAACUGCAAGGAAGGGAAUCAAACGCAGACACGCGUGAUGUCACUGGUCGACUGCAACGUAAGAAAGCAGAUGAAUUCAUGCAAAAAUCCUACACCAAACUGCAAGGAAGGGAAUCAAACGCAGACACGCAUGAUGUCACUGGUCGACUGCAACGUAAGAAACUAGACGAAUUCAUGCAAAAACCUUACACGAAACUGCAAAAUGGCCAAGCGGAAAGAUGUCAACAAAAAUGUUUUACGGAAAAACAGAAGAUGUCAUCAAAAUAUGUUUUCCAGGAGACAUCAACCACUGAACUGAGAUAUAAGAAACCGGAGAAGCUACUUCGAGUUUCUGAGAUGGAAUUGGCACCAAAGAGGAGAUCAGACAGUGUGUACCCUGUUUCGGCUUCCCACAGGCAAGACAUGGAAUGAAAGACGAGCUUGGACACUCUUGAGUACCAGGUCCGGGUCCAGAGCCCCAUUAACGUGCCCAUAUCCCAUUUAAGGUUCAGGCACGUCCAUCCCAACUCCGGUCUCUGACAUGACUAGUGGCCUGCUUUGGGACAGAAGGCUAUUUAAUUCAAGUGAUAAUUUUCAUAUUACUCGGAGGGAGGGGGGAGGGGUCAGAAGCGUCUAGUCCAAAAAUUAAUAAUUGUAUGGCUUUUAAUUACAAUUAAAUUGCGUUAUGGCGCAUAAUUUAGAGCGGCCAUUUCCUAAAAAAAAAAAAACCCACACAAACCACAGCAACAUUUUAGGAAUAUUACAAACUUUGCUAUGAUGUAAUUAUUGCCUUGGAGAGUUUAGCAAUGAAAGGUUGGCACCCCGCGUCAGAGGAAGGAGUGGCGUCAAUAUAACUUUGAUGAAUGCCAAUCGUAUUCAGAACAUCGGUGUGGCGAACCAAGGGGCAGUGUGUGUGGGGGGUGGAGGUGAUGCAGAGCCAGCAGCCUAACGGAAAGCUAUCUACUGCCGAAACUGCCUACGCCUAACGUCCGAGUAGCUGGACAGCAAGUCUAAACACUCAGCUUCAAAGAUUACCCAUAAAGGAGUGAAUCUCACAAAACACUUAUUACCUGACACGUUCAGGGACGAUACGUAAUCCCUGGUAAUACGUAUUCUAUGUGUGUAAUAAUCUGUCAGUUAUAUAUCUGAUUGAGAGAGGAGACUGGAAACGUUCAGGGAUGAUACGAAAUCCCUGGUAAUACGUAUUAUAUGUGUAUAAUAAUCUGUCAGUUAUAUAUCUGAUUGAGGGAGGAGACUGGAACGGUAAUACGUAUUAUAUGUGUAUAAUAAUCUGUCAGUUAUAUAUCUGAUUGAGGGAGGAGACUGGAAACGUUCAGGGAUGAAACGUAAUCCGUGGAAAUACGUAUUCUAUGUGUAUAAUAAUCUGUCAGUUAUAUAUCUGAUAGAGGGAGGAGACUGAAAACGUUCAGGGGUGAUACGUAAUCCCUGGUAAUACGUAUUCUAUGCAUGUAAUAAUCUGUCAGUUAUAUAUCUGAUUGAGGGAAGAGACGGGAAACGUUCAGAGAUGAUACGUAAUCCCUGGAAAUAUGUAUUCUAUGUAUAUAAUAAUCUGUCAGUUAUAUAUUGAGGGAGGAUACUGGAAACGUUCAGGGAUGAUAGAUAAUCCCUGGUAAUACGUAUUCUAAGUAUAUAAUAAUCUGUCAGUUAUAUAUUGAGGGAGGAGACGGGGAAACGUUCAGGGAUGACACGUAAUCCGUGAAAAUACGUAUUCUAUGUGUAUAAUAAUCUGUCAGUUAUAUAUCUGAUUGAGGGAGGAGACUGGAAACGUUCAGGAAUGACACGUAAUCCGUGGAAAUACGUAUUCUAUGUGUAUAAUAAUCUGUCAGUUAUAUAUCUGAUUGAGGGAGGAGACUGAAAACGUUCAGGGGUGAUACGUAAUCCCUGGUAAUACGUAUUCUAUGCAUGUAAUAAUCUGUCAGUUAUAUAUCUGAUUGAGGGAGGAGACGGGAAACGUUCAGGGAUGAUACGUAAUCCCUGGAAAUAUGUAUUCUAUGUAUAUAAUAACAUGUCAGUUAUAUAUUGAGGGAGGAUACUGGAAACGUUCAGGGAUGAUAGAUAAUCCCUGGUAAUACGUAUUCUAAGUAUAUAAUAAUCUGUCAGUUAUAUAUUGAGGGAGGAGACGGGGAAACGUUCAGGGAUGACACGUAAUCCGUGAAAAUACGUAUUCUAUGUGUAUAAUAAUCUGUCAGUUAUAUAUCUGAUUGAGGGAGGAGACUGGAAACGUUCAGGAAUGACACGUAAUCCGUGGAAAUACGUAUUCUAUGUGUAUAAUAAUCUGUCAGUUAUAUAUCUGAUUGAGGGAG